GUUUUCAUGCUUAUUCUAUUGUCCAAGAUCCUGCAUUUAUAGAACUUAUGAAAAAAGCUGAACCUAGGUAUACUGUUCCAUCGAGGAAAUAUUUUUCUCAGUAUCAUAUUCCGAACGCUUAUGAAAAAGCUGUUGGUCAUAUCAACAGUAUCAUUGAUAAUGAAUGCAAACGUGUAAGAUCCUUGUCAUUUGCAACAGAUGGAUGGACUUCUCAUUCAAACGAAAGUUACAUUUCUUUAACAGUCCAUUAUGUCACAGAAGAAUGGAAACUUCGUCACAUUACACUAAAUCUCGAAUAUUUCAAAGGUCAACAUACUGCAAAAAACCUAAAUAAUCUUAUAGUAAGACUAAUUGAAAAAUGGUCAUUUUGUAAACAUAUACCUAUGUAUUUUGUUACAGACAAUGCACCUAACCUUGUAGCAGCAAUAGGAAAAGUUCCUGAUGGAUAUACCUGGAAACAUUUAAGAUGUGUAGCGCACUCAUUGCAACUUGCAAUAGCUGAUGCCAAAAAAUGUACACCUAACUUAGAAGCUCUUUUAAUAGCUUGUAGGUCCAUUGUUGGCCAUUAUAAGCGAAGUUCAACGGCAAAGGCAAGACUUUUUGAACUUCAAAAAAAAGAAAAUAUGUCUCCACCGUUGAUGCUAAUCCAAGAUGUUAAGACUCGUUGGAACUCUGAAUAUUUAAUGCUACAUCGGAUUUACGAAUUAAAAAUAUUUAUUUCUGAUGAUAUGAUAGAGUCUAAUAGUAAAAUUAAUAACUUAACAAGGGAUUAAUAUUCAACAAUUGAACGUUUGUUGUGCUUACUAAAACCGUUAUACAAGGCCACAAAUGAUUUAUGUAGCUCUUUAUUCCCCACAGUAGCGAGCAUUAUGUUUUAUUUCCAUUAUAUUAUUGAAACCUUAAGAGAUCUACAGCAAAAUAACUUAAACUUAAAGGUUCUCACAUUUGCAGCUAAAGUAACCAUUGGUAUAACUAAACAUUUUCCCUUGUUCAAAGAAAAUAUAACUUUAUUAUUUUGUAUGGUAGUUGAUCCACGACUUAUAGCUUCUUUUUUAAAUGAACAUCAGAUUGAAAAUUUGAAAACCGCUAUGAAAAGUGAAAUUAUUAAGCAUCAGUUACCAUUAGAACCAGUUCAUAUAAAUACUAUUCCUGAAGUAAAUACUGAUGAAAAUGAUAUGUGAUUAAUGGUUGAAGAAUGGAGUACAGAAACACAAAAUCAAAUAAAUAAUGAAAAUAACAAUUUAAUAAUUGAAAAUUAUAUUCAAGAUCCCAAGGAACCGAAAAAAACAAAUAGUUUUUAAUUUUGGAAGGAUGUGGGUCAAAUAAAAUACCCAUAUAUUAAAUGGCUUGCUCUUCAAUACCUAGCAAUACCAGCUACUCAAGUUUCCAGUGAAAGAUUAUUUUCAUCGGCUGGCCAAAUUGUAUCAGAUAGAAGAACAUUGUUAUUACCUGAGUAUGUUGAACAAUUAUUAGUUUUAAAAGAUUAUUAUACAUUUGUAUUGGAAAUGAAAGACAUAGAAGGUGACUCAAAACAAAAUGUGGAAUGA